AUGGUCACGGCAAUUACCAUUAUAAGCCAUGAGCUCAACCCUUUAAUAACUCGGUUUUAUAAGCACAAUGAUUUUGAAGACGCCCCAAUGCUGGAAAUUUUAGACAAUUUUCGUGACGUCCUCCUUAAUAACAAUAUCAACAGCCUUCCGCCAGUAAUACGAAUCCAAAGCUAUAAUUACCUCUAUGUUUACUCAAACAACAUCAUAUUGAUGAUGGUGGUUGCCGAUCGUUUCUAUGAUACCAGCAAUAUCAUGUGCUAUUUGGUUUUUCUUAAAAAGUUUGAAGAAAUAUUGAAAAAUUACUUCAAGGCCACGGCAUUAGAUCAGGACAUGAUAAUAGAUAAUUUCCUAUUAUUGUACGAAUUGUUUGAUGAAAUGAUUGAUUUUGGGUUUGUGCAGAUAACAGACUUUAAUAUCCUCAAUGAAUACAUAAAAAUGAAGUUGAAUGUAUCAGAACCAGAACAAAAGACCAAGGAUAACAAGGAACUAGAACAUGAGAUGAAUUCAAGUAUAUCUAGAAUGUCAACAACCCAAUUGUCCUGGAGACCAAAAGGGAUUUUUUAUAAGAAAAACGAGGUUUUCAUAGAUAUUAUUGAAAAGAUCAAUCUCUUGAUGGACCCCAACGGGGCAAUCAAAAAACAAGUGAUCCUGGGUGAAGUUAAAGUAAAGUGCUUCUUAUCGGGAAUGCCAACUUUAAAAUUAGGACUUAAUGAGUUCCUAGUUCAUGAUCGAGAUUCAGCAUCUACAAUUGAUUCAUUUAAAAGAAUACAGUUUGAUAAUCUCAACUUUCAUCAAUGUGUGGAGUUAUCACAAUUCUCCAAUGACAAUACAAUCAGUUUCAUUCCACCUGAUGGUAAAUUCCUGUUAUUAAAUUAUAAGUUACAAGUUCAUAAAUCGCCAUUGCUUAAGGUCAUGAAUAUAGACUUCAAGAAAAGAAUCAUCUAUCGAAAAUCGAGAAAGCCUUGUGUUCUGCAAUCUCCGAAUCCGCUAGCGAGGGCUUCGACCACCUUUCAAGCUUCCCCAAUGACCUCAAGAAGACCAUCAAUCGCCCAGUCUAUCAAAUCAGGAGAAUCAGGUCAUUCUUGGAAACCAGACACAAUAUCCAUAAAUGAAACUGAUGAUAUUACCAAAGAAACUAAGCUCUUGGUAUCUGUUGAAUUGGAAACUAAAUUCACUAAAAGGCUAUCAGCCAGUGAUGUUUCUAUUGUCAUUCCCAUAAAUUUCAAAAAAUUUCACGUUAAUUUUAACCAGGUACCAAGAUUUAAGACAAAAAUUGGAGGAGUGGUUCUUGACUUAGAGAAGCAGUGCAUCGUAUGGAAGAUUUCAUCAAUAGGAGGAAGCAGAGAUUUUCAAAUGUCGAGCGAGAUAACAUUAUUAAAUGACGAAGAUAUUCGACAAAAAUAUGUUGAAAGUGAAUUACUCGGGUCAGGUAGUGAUGAUUAUGACUCUUCUGACUCGGAAAAUGAAAAAACUUACAACUACUAUUAUGGAGAUAAAUCAAAAGGGAAUCAGAUCAGUGACAAGGCAAAAAAGAUAAAAAAAAUUUAUAAGACUAUUCAAAAGGAACAAAAGGCAAUUUCACAAACUACCAAUUCCCACAGGCUAAGUAGGAAUGAGGGGCCAACCUCCCCUAACUUAUUAAUGGAAACUGAUAAAAAUCUUGAUAAUUUGGCCACUAUUAUUGAUUCUCCAAAUUUACCGGAAAAACCACACGAUAUUAAUGACAAUUUUUACAUCAACAAAAAUAUGGUCAAAGUGAAUUUCAAAAUUAAUAAUUUGACCCAUUCUGGUCUCAAAGUAACUUAUUUGAAACUUAAUGAACCUUUGUUGAAUUAUACAUCAUUUCCUUGGGUCAAAUAUGUAUGUACAAAUGAUGAAGAAUAUGGAUUUAAAUUUGACUUCAAUAGGAAAGGGCCAUCAGAAACCAUUGUGAAACAUUUUAAACAACGAAUACCUGGUGAUCAACCAUCAAAGUUUAUUGGGGUCGCAGGAGGAGCUUCACAAAGAAAAUCUUGGAAAAAAAUAUAG